CCAAUAUACCUAAUUCUCACAAUUUGGAGCACCGCGGCCCGGUGUGCGCCCGCGCCCGCCCAUCGUUAUGGCUCAAAGUGCGUUAUUUAUUUAUUUUUAUCAACAACCUGAUCUUCCGCGCGUCUCACCUUAGUAUCAAUAUAGACAGCGGUUUGAAGACACGACCACUUUACCGCGAUUGACAAAACGGUCAAUGCAUUUAACAUUUUGCGAUCUCACGUACCACAUGGAUUUCGGUUGCUACGACAAGGAUUCGGGGGAAGUGGAGUGCUACCUCGAAAUACUAAGGUACGGCGGGCUCUCAAAAUGCGCACGGAGCUAAGAACGAUAAGCACUAGGCGUGACAACGUGCCCAGUCAUUGCGAUACGGGUACUUCUUGCGCUAUCACGAUACAAAUGCCGAAUCCAGAGGCGGUGGGAUGUAUAGAGCGAUUUGCAACAUUCCUAUCGUUCCUGCUCGUGAUCAUCACCUUUCCAUUUUCGCUCUUCGAAUGUUUCAAGGUCGUGCAAGAGUUUGAACGAGCCGUCAUAUUCCGUCUCGGUCGAGUGAGGAAGGGAGGUGCAAGAGGUCCCGGUCUGUUCUUUGUGCUUCCCUGCAUCGAUACAUAUAGAAAAGUCGACUUGCGAACUGUCUCCUUUGACGUCCCUCCUCAAGAGGUUUUAACGAGAGAUUCAGUGACAGUCGCGGUGGAUGCUGUGGUCUACUACCGCAUCAAGGAACCUUUGAAUGCGGUUGUCCGUGUUGCAGAUUACAGUGCAUCAACGCGUCUUCUAGCAGCGACAACUCUUCGGAAUGUUCUGGGCAUGCGCGAUUUGGCACAGCUGCUAUCGGACAGAGAAGCGAUAAGUCACAUGAUGCAAGCCAGCCUCGAUGAAGCGACUGAACCUUGGGGAGUUGAAGUGGAGAGGGUCGAAAUAAAGGACGUGAGGCUGCCCGUGCAGCUGCAAAGGGCGAUGGCUGCAGAAGCAGAAGCUGAUCGAGAAGCGAGAGCCAAGAUUAUUGCGGCAGAGGGAGAAAUUAAAGCGUCCAAAGCUUUAAAGGAGGCUUCCCUUGUUAUGAUAGACAAUCCUAUGGCAUUACAGUUGCGGUACCUCCAGUCACUUAGCUCGAUAUCAGCUGAAAAGAACUCCACAAUCAUCUUUCCGUUCCCAAUGGACUUCCUAAAAACAUUCAUGGGCGGACCUGGCCCGAGCUCUCAGCACCAAGUCAACUUAUAAAUACAGAUUCAAAUGACGCCAAUUAUAUUAAUUCUAGUCAAAAAAUAUUUUUAAU